CUUAUUUGGGAGAGGCAUGGCAUCGGCAACGUGAGCAAAUGCCCCUUGGGCUGGUUGAGCCCACGAGAUUGCAUCGUGCCCCGUGCUCCGCAGCCUUCUCCUUUUCGUCCAUAACCCCGGCCAAAUGCUGGGGUUUCUAGCGCUGUCAAGGCAAUGAUAGACAUAUUGCACCAACAAUGGUCCGCGUUUGGGACUGGGCGACUAGCACCCCAGCUCAUUUCAUGAGGCACAGGGCACAUGAGGACAGGCCAGGGACAGACGGGUACCUGAGUUUUGGCCUUCAAACGCCGCUAUCGUGCAUCAUGUCAGGUACCAUCUAAACCGCUAUUCUCGACUAGGGCCAUCCUUUGUCAAUGCCAUGACCCUCUGGGCACUGCAGCCAAGGCAAAACAGACAAGGUUGCAGGUAGAGGCAAUAACAGUCGAUCUGCUCAUAAUAUGCCGCUCUCCUCCUCCUCCUUCUCUGCUUUUCCUUUCCCUCACGGUUCCAUCCUUCGCGAAUCUAGAGAGCAUCUCGUUAAUUUUCGCUUUCGUCCUCUCGUUUUCCUCUAUUCCAUUAACCGCUUCACUCUUUUAGCGGGCAUUCGUUUCCUACGCCAACUACAAACUCUUGCAUUUACGUACAGUACUUGAAUUUUCGGAGCUUUUUUCAAUAUGAAGGGAGGACUUGCUGCUGCCGCCGUUGCGGCCAUGGCCACUGGUGCUCAGGCCGCUUACCCUCACCACCGCCGGGCUCAUGAGAUGUUCCGACGUGGUGGAGAGGUCUGCGUUCCUACCUGCACCACCAUCUGGACUACCUACUAUGGCGAGCCCACUCUUGUCCCCAACCCUCCUUCUGCCCCCAAGCCCACCAAGGAGGCUGUCACCACUCAUGAGGCCGUCAAGCCCAAGCCCACCACCGUUCAUGAGGUUCCUACCUAUGAGGCUCCCAAGCCCGUUGCUCCCACCACCACCAAGGUCGUCCCGGUCAUCCCCGUCCCGACUCCGGAGGAGUACAAGUGCCCUACUCCCGGCACUUACACUUUCCCUGCCACCACCAUGACCGUGACUGAGUCCACCACCGUCUGCGUUGGCGAGACCACCAAGGUCCCUGCUGGAACCCACACCAUGGGAGGUGUCACUACCAUCGUUGAGACUGCAACCACCGUCACUUGCCCUUACGCCAAGGAGACCGAGCACGAGGGGGUCGUUACCAGUGUCAUUGAGACCACCACCUACGUCUGCCCAUCUGCUGGCACUUACACCAUUGCUCCUAUCACCAAGACCUGCGAGGAGGAGACCGUCAUCGUCUACCCUGUCCCUACCAGCUACGCUCCUGGUACUUACACCGCUCCCGAGCAGGUUGUUACUGUCACCGAGACCGACUACGUCUACGUCUGCCCUUACUCUCAGUCUGGUGUUCCCGCCACCACCAAGGCUCCCGAGUCCCCCAAGCCCCAGCCUCCCAAGGAGACCAAGCCUGUCUAUGAGGCUCCCAAGCCCCAGCCCGAGGUCACCAAGCAGGAGCAGCCUACCAAGCCUGUUUAUGAGGUUCCCAGCAAGGUCCCCGAGACUUCCAAGGCGCCUGUUUACUCUGUCCCCGAGACUCCUGCUUCCACCAAGCCCGUCUAUGAGAAGCCCUCCGAGGCUCCCAAGCCCAAGGCCCCCAAGAAGCCUUCCAGCCCCGGCAACCUGAAGGGUGGAAACGACCACUACGGUAUUACCUACACCCCCUACGUCGCCUCUACCGGCAAAUGCAAGGGUGCCGACCAGGUUGACAAGGACAUUGCUGCCCUCAAGCAGGCUGGUUUCCAGAUCAUCCGAUCUUACUCUACUGACUGCGAUACCCUCGAGACUGUUGCUCCCGCCUGUAAGAAGCACGGCAUUGACAUGAUCGUUGGUGUUUUCGUCAAGGCCUCUGGCUGCACUUACGAAACCCCCGAGAUCAAGGCUCAGGUCGACGCCUACGCCGAGUGGGCUCAGUGGGAUCAGGUCAAGCUCUUCACCGUUGGUAACGAGGCUAUUAUGAACAAGUUCUGUUCUCCCCAGCAGCUCAAGGAGCUCGUCACUGUCGUCAAGGAGAAGUGCUCUGGUUACACCGGUCCUUACACCAUCGCCGAGACCCUCGACAUCUGGGAGCGUGAGGAUGUUCAGGGUGCUAUCUGCGAUAUUGUUGAUGUCACCGGUGCCAACAUCCACCCUUACUUCAACCCCAACACCACCCCUGACAUGGCUGGUGAGUUCGUCGCUGGUCAACUUGAGAUCCUCCGUGGUAUCUGCAAGGGCAACGAUGUCAUCAACCUGGAGUGUGGUUGGCCCUCAAGCGGUAACUGCAACGGUGUUGCCUGCCCUGGCAAGUCUGAGCAGGCCAAGGCUAUCAAGUCCAUCCGUGAGAGCUGUGGUGACAAGACCGUCUUCUUCUCCUUCGAGGAUGAUCUCUGGAAGGAGCCUGGUUCUUGCAACUGUGAGCGAAGCUGGGGUUGCGCCUCUUCUUUCACUGGCUACUAAGCAGUUCUGGAGACUCCAGUUCUGAUUGCAGCGUGCCCAAGCGUCCUCUGUACGAUUCAACCCUCGGAGCAUGCUGAAUGUUGUACAUAAUCAUGACCAACACCGCCCGGCCAUUAACUUCUUCUUUCUUCCUCGUGCAACCCUCUUCUCUUUUUCUCGCCACCGUCCAUGCGGUGAUUCACAUCAUUGACAUCCAACAAGAGCCUUCGGGAAUGGAGUCCGAAAGCCGACGGUCUUCUCUCUCUCAGGCCAACUCCAGACAUCCGCCUCAGGGGGCAAUGCAUCGUUGCGCGCGUGCAUGGGCGCAAUAGAUUGAGGGAAACGAAUCUGGCCGGGCGGUUGAGGACGACCUUCUUGAUGAAUCCUGUUUUUCUUCCACUGUUCAAACGACAUGUGAGCUCUUGUUACUAUGUCAUCUUUCCAUAUGUGUUAUUUGCGGCAGCACUUCUUUACGGCUCUUGAGCGGCGGGGUAAGCGAAAGCCUUUUCUUGGGAGAGAGAUGAUCUGUAUGUAUGAUCUAUACUAUAGCCGGGUUGUCAUUCAGCCUCUGCUUCAUAAUGCUGUAAUUCACUAGUAUAUCUUCAGUCGCCAUUGUGCUAUGUCUCGUGAGCUAUCGUAUAAACAAUCCUUCCCUAAGUCGUCUCAUCCUGGUAUCAACUGAUGACCAACACCCCCACGCAAUUACAUUUCAAAUUACC